CCUUCCGGGACGAUGCCCCGGCGGCUCGGCGGGGGCUGGCCGGUGGCUCCAAACCUCGUCCCGGCCGCCGCUGUCCUCCUGGGCGCGCUCUGCUUCCCCGGGGCGCUGGCCUCGUCCCUGCUCACAGGAUCUGUUGCAAAAUGUGAAAACGAAGGGGAAAUUCUGCAGAUACCGUUUAUCACAGACAACCCCUGUAUAAUGUGUGUUUGCCUGAAUAAGGAAGUGACAUGCAAAAGGGAGAAGUGUCCAGUGCUCUCCAAGGACUGUGCUCUCGUCAUUAAGCAGAGAGGAGCUUGCUGUGAGCGUUGCAAAGAUUGCAGUUUUGGAGGAAAUACAUACAACAGCUCUAUGAAAUGGCACCACCCCAGCAAUCCCUGUGUUACAUACCAGUGCCAGGAAGGAGUGAUAGUAGAGUCGGAGGUACAGUGUGUUGCCCCUUGCAAAAAUCCUACCAAACUCAUGGGAAUAUGUUGCCCUGUGUGUCCAGGUUGUAUAUUUGAAGGGAGACUUUACAAUGAAGGAGAAGAAUUUAGGCCUGAAGGAAAUAAAUGUACCAAGUGCUCUUGUAUUGGUGGCCAGACACAGUGCAUCCGAGAAGUCUGCCCCAUUCUCUCAUGUCCCCAGCACCUCAGUCACAUUCCUGCUGGACAGUGUUGCCCCAAAUGCUUAGGACAGAGGAAAGUGUUUGACCUCCCAUUUGGAAGCUGUCUCUUUCACAGCAACGUGUAUGAUAAUGGGUCUUCAUUUACUUAUGACAACUGCACAGUGUGUACAUGCAAGGAUUCAACAGUGAUAUGUAGGAAGAGGUGCUUACUUCCUGGUGAAUGCAAUAAAAACAAAGACCACUGCUGCAAGGAGUGUGUCUCAUAUCUCUCUCCUGAGGAAGUGAGUGUGUGCAAGUUUGGCAACAAGAUCUUCCAGGAUGGAGAGAUGUGGUCCUCUGUGAACUGCACCAUCUGUGCUUGUGUAAAAGGCAAGACAGAGUGUCGCAAGAAGCAGUGCAUUCCAGUCAGCAGCUGUCCUCAUGGUAAAAUCCUGAACAGGAAAGGAUGCUGUCCCAUUUGCACUGAAAAGCCUGGCGUUUGCACUGUAUUUGGAGACCCUCACUACAACACUUUUGAUGGACGGACAUUUAACUUUCAGGGAACAUGUCAGUACGUUUUGACGAAAGACUGCUCCUCCUCUGCCUCGCCCUUUCAGGUGCUGGUAAAAAACGAUGCCCGGCGGACCCGUUCUUUCUCCUGGACAAAGUCAGUGGACCUUGUGUUGGGCAGAAGCACUAUCAGCCUCCAGCAGCACCUCACAGUGAAGUGGAAUGGGACCCGCAUCUCCCUACCUUGCGAGACGCCACAGUUUCAGAUCGAUCUGGAUGGUUAUUUGUUGAAAGUGACAACCAAAGCAGGCUUGGAAAUCUCAUGGGAUGGAGACAGCUUUGUGGAAGUCAUGGCUGCGCCUCAUCUGAAGGGCAAACUCUGUGGUCUGUGUGGCAACUACAAUGGGCACAAGCGAGAUGACCUGAUCGGGGGCGAUGGGAACUUUAAGUUUGAUGUGGAUGACUUUGCCGAGUCCUGGCGUGUGGAGUCCAAUGAGUUCUGCAGCCGCCCGCAGAGAAAACCUCUGCCCGAGCUCUGUCAUGGGACGGUUAGGGUGAAACUCCGAGCCCAUCGGGAAUGCCAGAAACUCAAAGCGUGGGAGUUCCAGAGCUGUCAUUCAACGGUGGAUUAUACCACAUUUUACCGGUCCUGUGUGACUGACAUGUGUGAGUGCCCGGUUCAUAAAAACUGCUACUGCGAGUCAUUCCUGGCAUAUGCUCGAGCCUGUCAGAGGGAAGGGCUCAAAAUCCACUGGGUACCGGAGCAGAACUGUGCAGCAACUCAGUGUAAACACGGUGCAGUUUAUGAUACCUGUGGUCCAGGAUGUGUCAAAACAUGUGACAACUGGAACGAAAUUGGCCCAUGCAACAAGCCCUGCAUUGCAGGAUGCCACUGUCCAGCAAAUCUAGUUCUUCACAAAGGAAGAUGUAUCAAGCCAGUCCUGUGCCCACAGCGAUGACAUUAGUUCUCUUCCCAUGGACAUUAAUGUGGGUGGUCACUGACCCCUUUGAUGCUCACAGCCAGUGAAA